CCGGACGCUUCAGACGAUAAAGGCUGAAUGAUUGAGUUAUAUUUGUGGACUCUUUGGCGCCAUGUUGAUUCAAUAGAUUUUUUUCUAAACGAAGAAAGUAGCUUCAUUUAAAAGGUCUGUGAUUAUCUUGGGAAACACCCCUGUGCUUUGAAUGAGAUGAGAUGAUACGAGACAAUUUAGACGACAGCACUCACUCCAAAUUUCUAAUACUCAUCAGAUGAUGCACAUUUAGCUCUCCGAAGCCAGAUUUGAAUUGCAAUUUAUCUUCAACUUUACAUCUCAAGCAUCCCCAGAGGUCAUCGGUUUGAAUCCACUGUUUUGCUUGUUUCCCUUGUACUUGAACAGUGUACAAAUCACUCUACGCCAUCUUCGUGCUCUGAAGCAAUUUCCAUACACACAAAAAUAAUUCCACAAGAAUCCCCAAUUUUCUUUCAGUAGAAAGAAAAAAAGCAGCAAUUAUGGAUUGCAACUCCCUUCCAACUCUCAAAAACAUUGCAAUGAUGAAAGUAAUAGCACUUCUUUGCAAUGUUUGGGAGAGGCAAUUACCCAUGGUAUAUGGAGGAUUCGUAGACUUUCAUUUAUCACAAUUGUCCCUGCCUGCUCCAGUUGAGAAGGAACUGGCUACAACAGUCAGAAGAACUUGCUCGAUGUUGAAGAAAUUCUAUGCAAUACAUCAGACAUCUUCAACACACUUAUGCUACCGAUGUCAAUGUUUAAAAGAAAUUUUGAAAAGUGUCCAAUUUUGGGCCUUUUGGACAUCAGAUAGCCCCUUGGUUGAACUGAAUAUCGUUAAAGGACUCAUCCGUUACCAGAGACUGAGUGCGGUUUUUCGAUUGAUACUUGCUUGUGAAUACAGUUUCGAGGAUGAUGUACCUCUUCUUUGGAAGAAGUUACCAGUAUUUGUUCAAAGUAACUUCUUUAGACUUGAUAUGCCAAUCCAAGUGAUCAGGAGUACCAAUGUCAUCAUGUAUCAAGAACUCUGGAAAUUUUGUGAUGAUCUAGAAGAUAUCACACAAAUAUUGGAAAAACACCAAUGAAUAAUCAUCAAAAUUUGUUUGGAAUCUUUCAUUCUAUGGAGGACACUAUUGACUAAGACCAAGUUUUACGAGAAUGAUUCAAAUGUUUUGCAAAUGUUGAGGCUUGCCAAUUUAUGACAAAUCUCAAGCUUCGACAACUGUUGAAUUAUUUUUAGAAAUGUUUUUCAUCUUCACUGUAUUAUACAUUUAUUGGCAUCAUUUUAAAUAAGGUUUUCAAGCUUUUUUUUUUUUUUUAAUCAUCUUGUCCUAUAGAUAAUUUUUUAUUCCAUAUUGACUUGACACAGCCUUCUAAACACAUGAUUCUAAUAACUUUAGCCGCACAUAUGGCUUUCCCUUUUAAGAAACCUUUCCUUUCAAAUAUUGAAAGAAAAGAAAUGCCAUUAUUUUCACCGGGUAUUAUUAAACUAAACUUGACAUUUUCUUUUUACUAG